AGAACAUUUUCGGGCAAUUCAUAAAGCCGGGGAAAGCGUCGACUUCACCUGAGACAUAGCAUUCGCCAUGUACCAGCGUGAGGACAUCAACGUGGGAAAGCUGCUCAAGAGGCUGCCUAAGGCAGUACGGAGCAAAGUGCAGGCAAAGGAGUUCCUGGACGAGUGCUGGACCAUUUUCAAGAAAUACGAUGCUUUCCAGAGUGAAAAGCUUGAAGGCUGCAACCUUUGGAAAGCGUUGCUGGAGGCUUUGCCCGAGGCGUUUUCCCAGGCGAUCCUCAAGAACCAGUACGGGUGGUCUUUGCAGCAGGACUCGGUUUAUGCAUUCACUGGCUGCGGCCGCGAUGGUGAGCCUGCUGUUUCCCUUAUUAAGUUCCCCGAGUAUGUCAAGUUCACCCUGGCAUUGAUCCUGCACAAAUAUAGCGCAAACGCCAAUGUCCUCGACUGCAAGAUGGCCCUCAAGCCGCAGGAGCUGGAUCACAGCAAACGCAAGACAAAGGUUGUGGCCAGCCUGGGGCCCGCAUCUUGGAGCGAGGAGAUGAUCCCCAAGAUGAUCGAAGCAGGAACUGACAUUUUCCGUUUGAACUGCUCCCAUCGUCGUGGUGGCGACUUCGAGCGCGUCUACCCAUUGAUCAGGAAGUAUUCGAAGAUGCUGGGCCGUCGUGUGGAAGUCUUGGGAGACCUGCAGGGCCCCAAGUUCCGUGUGGGGGAAUUGGAGGGUGAGCCAGUGCCGUUGAAGGAAGGCGAGGUUGUGGAAUUUGGCAUUUGCAAGGAUGACAAUGACCUCAUCAAGCCGGGCCGCAUCACCAUGAAACCCACCACUGAGCAGCUGGCACUUGUGAAGGCUUGCAAGGUUGGGAUUGAUUUGCUGAUCGAAGAUGGCAUUAUGAAGGUCAACGUAGUGGAGAAGAUUUCCGACACGGAGUUGAAGGUGAAGAUCAUCCGUGGAGGAAAGCUGAAGGCUCGCAAGGGCGUGAAUGUGCCCGAUUGUGAGAUCGAUUGCGCUGCCCUCACCACAAAGGACAUCGAAGAUGCCGAGUAUUUGUUGCAACUUGAUCCUCCCGUGGAGUACAUUUGCGUGUCUUUCGCUCAGAAGGGUCAGGAUCUGCAAGAGCUCAUCGACAUCAUGGAUCGCUUGAAGGUUCCAGCUGACAAACGUCCGAAGAUUUGCCCGAAGAUCGAAAAGCCACAAGCAUUGACCAACAUCGAGGGCAUCAUUGAGAAGUCACAGGCGUUGAUGGUAGCAAGGGGUGACCUGGGCGUUGAGCUCGAGCUGGAGCGUGUGCCCUUCGCACAGAAACUGCUGAUUGCCCGAGCCAAGAAGGCCGGACUUUUUGUCAUCAAUGCCACCCAAAUGGUCGAGAGCAUGAUCGAAAAUCCCGUGCCCACACGGUCUGAAGUGUGCGACCUGCAAAAUGCAGUGUUCGAUGGGGCUGAUGCAGUGAUGCUCAGCGGAGAGGCGGCCAGUGGGAAGUUCCCGUGCGAGGCGGUGAUGGCCGAGGCUGAUGCAGCGCUUGAGGCAGAAGCCGUCCGGGACUUCUUGAAGCCACAGGUUCCCGAUGGCACGGUGGUCGAUGAGGCCAACAAACCGCAGGAGCUUGAUGACAGCAAGCGGCAAACUCAAGUGGUUGCCUCGUUGGGACCUGCGUCUUGGAGCGAGGAGAUGAUUCCAAAGAUGAUCGCGUCAGGGACGAACAUUUUCCGCCUAAACUGUUCCCAUCGCCGUGGUGGUGACUUCGAACGUGUCUAUCCGCUGAUCCGGAAGUAUGCCAAGGAGAUGGGGAAGAAGGUGGAAUGCCUGGGUGACCUGCAGGGCCCCAAGUUCCGUGUGGGCGAGCUGGCGGCAGACCCUGUGGAGCUGAAGAACGGCGAUAUCUUGGAGUUCGGUAUUUGCAAGGAUGACAGUGACCUCAUCCGCCCUGGGCGCAUCACCAUGAAGCCCACUGUGGAGCAGAAUGCCUUGGUGAAAGCUUGUAAGCCCGGAACCCCUUUGCUGCUGGAAGAUGGCAUCAUGGAGGUGAAGGUCGUGGAGAAGUGUUCUGAGACGGAGCUAAAAGUGGUGGUGAUCCGAGGAGGAAAGUUGAAGGCGCGCAAGGGCGUCAAUGUGCCCGACGUGGAGAUCGACUGCGCCGCCCUCACGGAGAAGGACAUCGAGGAUGCCGAAUACCUGCUUCAACUGGACCCACCUAUUGAGUACAUUUGCGUAUCCUUUGCUCAGAAAGGUCAAGAUUUGCAAGAGCUUAUUGACAUCAUGGAUCGAUUGAAAGUGCCCGCUGACAAGCGCCCCAAGAUUUGCCCCAAGAUUGAGAAGCCUCAGGCCUUCACCAACAUCGAGGGCAUCAUCGCGAAGUCCCAGGCACUCAUGGUGGCACGUGGUGAUCUCGGCGUGGAGCUGGGCCUGAACCGUGUGCCCUUCGCGCAGAAACUCCUCAUCCAACGUGCCAAGCAAGCAGGGCUGUUUGUGAUCACUGCCACACAGAUGGUGGAGAGCAUGAUUGAGAACCCUGUGCCAACGCGUGCGGAAGUCUCUGACUUGAUGAAUGCUGUUUGGGACGGCACAGAUGCAGUGAUGCUCAGUGGUGAGGCAGCAACGGGAAAGUUCCCAUGCGAAGCCGUGAUGGCCGAAGCCUCUGCAACUCGAGAGGCAGAGACCGUCAAGCAUCGCUUGCAGAAAGCUUGCCCAUAUGUGGCCAUUGACAGCCGCUUGCCAUUGCGUCCACCAAGAGCCUUGAACUGUGGAAUGGCGCUGAAGCGACAGGAGACGGACCACAACAAGAGGAAGACGAAGGUGGUGGCCAGUCUGGGCCCUGCUUCCUGGAGCGAAGAGAUGAUCCCGAAGAUGAUCCAGGCCGGCGCCGACAUCUUCCGCCUGAACUGCUCUCACCGCCGGGGUGGCGACUUCGAGCGGGUCUAUCCACUGAUCCGGAAGGCAGCCCAGGAGCUGGGCCGAAAGGUGGAGUGCUUGGGAGACCUCCAGGGUCCCAAGUUCCGCGUGGGUGAGUUGGCCAGCGAUCCAAUCCCGUUGAAAGAUGGAGACGUCUUGGAGUUCGGUAUUUGCAAGGAUGACAGUGACCUCAUCCGGCCUGGCCGCAUCACCAUGAAGCCCACAAUCGAGCAAAAUGCUUUGGUGAAGGCUUGUACUCCUGGCACACCAUUGUUGCUGGAAGAUGGCAUUAUGGAAGUGCGCGUGGUCGAGAAGCUCUCAGACACCGAGCUCAAGGUGAAAGUUGUCCGUGGUGGGAAGCUGAAGGCUCGCAAGGGUGUGAAUGUGCCCACGGUGCAGAUCGACUGUGCCGCCUUGACGGAGAAGGACAUCGAGGAUGCCGAGUACCUUUUGCAGUUGGAACCCCCCAUCGAGUACAUUUGCGUGUCUUUCGUGCAGAAGGGCCAAGACUUGCAGGAACUCAUCGACAUCAUGGAUCGCCUCAAGAUUCCGCAGGAGCGCCGUCCAAAAAUCUGCCCGAAGAUCGAGAAGCCACAGGCACUGACCAACAUCGAGGGCAUCAUCGCCAAAAGUCAGGCGCUCAUGGUGGCGCGUGGAGAUUUGGGUGUCGAGCUGGAGCUCGAGCGUGUGCCCUUCGCACAAAAGUUGCUCAUCAGGAGAGCAAAGGAUGCUGGUCUUUUCGUCAUCAAUGCCACGCAAAUGGUGGAAAGUAUGAUCGAGCAGCCGAUCCCCACCAGAGCAGAAGUUAGCGACUUGCAGAACGCCGUGUGGGAUGGUGCCGAUGCUGUGAUGCUUAGCGGCGAGGCAGCCAGUGGCAGGUACCCUUGCGAAUCGGUGAUGGCAGAGGCGGAUGCAGCUCUUGAAGCUGAAAGUGUGAAGCACCUCUUCGUACCUCAAGUCUUCGAUGACUAUGUAGUGGACGAAGCAAACAAGCCCAGAGAGUUGGACGAUAGCAAGAGGAGGACCAAGGUGGUGGCAAGUCUUGGGCCAUCCUCAUGGAGUGAUGAGAUGAUCCAGAAGAUGAUCUUGGCAGGCACCGACAUCUUCCGGCUAAACUGCUCUCAUCGCAGAGGUGGCGACUUCGAGCGAGUCUACCCCUUGAUCCGCAAGCACUCGAAGGAGCUGGGUGUGAACGUGGCCUGCUUGGGCGAUUUGCAGGGCCCCAAGUUCCGCGUGGGAGAGCUGGCUGCAGAUCCGAUUCCCUUGACCAACGGAGAGAUCCUUGAGUUUGGAAUUUGCAAGGAUGACAAUGACACGAUCAAGCCUGGACGCAUCACCAUGAAACCAACUACUGAACAGAACGCCUUGGUCGAGGCCUGCAAGGUGGGCACCGUGCUACUCAUCGAGGAUGGAUUGAUGGAAGUGAAGGUCACUGAGAAAAUCUCCAACACCGAGCUGAAGGUUGAAGUGAUCCGCGGAGGCAAGCUGAAGGCUCGCAAGGGUGUCAACGUCCCGGAUCUGGAGAUCAAUUGCGCAGCUUUGACCUCCAAGGAUAUUGAGGAUGCUGAGUUUUUGCUGCAGCUGGAUCCACCCAUCGAGUACAUUUGCGUGUCUUUUGUGCAGAAGGGCCAGGACUUGCAGGAGCUCAUUGACAUCAUGGAUCGCCUCAAGAUCCCAGCUGAACGACGACCAAAGAUCUGCGCCAAGAUCGAGAAGCCACAGGCGCUGACCAAUAUCGACGGUAUCAUCGCGAAGUCCCAGGCGCUCAUGGUGGCCCGUGGUGAUCUCGGCGUGGAGUUGGGCCUGAACCGUGUGCCCUUCGCUCAGAAGUUGCUGAUCGCACGCGCCAAGCAAGCAGGGCUUUUCGUGAUCAAUGCCACUCAAGUGGUGGAGAGCAUGAUCAACAACCCAGUGCCCACACGUGCUGAAGUGAGCGAUGUGUGCAAUGCCGUUUGGGAUGGUGCAGAUGCUGUGAUGCUUUCUGGAGAGGCCGCCAGUGGCAACUUCCCCUUAGAGGCUGUCAUGGCUGAGGCUUCAGCUGCACGGGAAGCGGAGUCGGUGAAGCACCGCCUGAGGCGUGCCUGCCCCCCAGUAGAGUCAGGUGAUGUCGUGCCACCAAUGCUGCACGUGAACAUGGGCAACAAGAAGCAGGAGACCAAUGAUGCUCUGAGGAAGACGAAAGUCGUGGCCAGCUUAGGCCCAGCCUCGUGGAGUGAGGAGAUGAUCCCCAAGAUGGUCGCAGCGGGCACGGACAUCUUCCGCUUGAACUGCUCCCACCGUCGGGGUGGCGACUUUGAACGCGUCUAUCCGCUGAUCAGAAAGGCGGCACAAGAUCUUGGCAGAAAGGUGGAGUGCCUUGGAGACUUGCAGGGGCCCAAGUUCCGCGUGGGUGAGCUUGCGGGCGAUCCCAUCGAGUUGGUGAACGGCGAGAUCUUGGAGUUCGGCAUCUCCAAGGACGACAACGACAACAUCCGCCCAGGGCGAAUCACCAUGAAACCCACUUUGGAGCAGAAUGCCUUGAUUGCAGCUGCAAAGGUGGGCAUUGACCUGCUCUUGGAGGAUGGCAUCAUGAAGGUGAACGUCGUUGAGAAGCUCAGCAACACGGAAUUGAAGGUGAAGGUGGUCCGUGGUGGCAAGCUGAAGGCUCGAAAGGGUGUCAAUGUGCCAGACGUGGAGAUCGACUGCGCUGCCUUGACGGCCAAAGAUAUCGAAGACGCUGAGUUUUUGCUGCAGUUGGAUCCACCCAUCGAGUACAUUUGCGUGUCUUUCGUGCAGAAGGGGCAGGACUUGCAGGAACUCAUCGACAUCAUGGAUCGCCUCAAGAUUCCGCAGGAGCGACGGCCCAAGAUUUGCCCAAAGAUCGAGAAGCCGCAGGCACUGACCAACAUCGAUGGCAUCAUUGCCAAGUCCGAGGCGCUCAUGGUGGCACGUGGGGAUUUGGGCGUCGAGCUGGAACUCGAACGGGUGCCCUUCGCGCAAAAGUUGCUGAUCCGAAAGGCCAAGGAUGCAGGCCUGUUUGUCAUCAAUGCCACCCAGAUGGUGGAGAGCAUGAUCGAGAGCCCGGUGCCCACACGGGCAGAAGUGAGUGACCUCCAAAAUGCGAUCUGGGAUGGUGCAGAUGCUGUCAUGCUGAGUGGUGAGGCUGCCAGUGGCAAGUUCCCGUGCGAGGCGGUGAUGGCCGAGGCCGAAGCCGCCUUGGAGGCUGAGAGUGUCAAAGAUCUCCUGCAGCCGCGCCUGGGCGUGGACUACUUCUGCGACGAGGGCAACAAACCUCGAGAGAUGGACGACGCCAAGCGCCGCACCAAGGUGGUGGCAAGCUUGGGCCCAGCGUCAUGGAGUGAGGAGAUGAUCCCCAAGAUGAUCGAAGCAGGCACCGACAUCUUCCGCCUGAACUGCUCCCAUCGCCGUGGUGGUGACUUUGAGCGUGUGUAUCCGCUGAUCCGCAAGACCGCUCAGCAGAUGGGCAAGAAGGUGGAGUGCUUGGGAGACCUGCAAGGGCCAAAGUUCCGUGUUGGCGAGCUGGCCGGAGAUCCAGUGGAGCUCAAGAAUGGUGAGAUCGUCGAGUUCGGCAUUAGCGUGGAUGACAACGACAACAUUCGACCUGGGCGCAUCACCAUGAAGCCAACGACAGAGCAGAACGCGCUGGUGAAGGGAUGCAAGGUCGGAACGACCCUGCUCAUUGAAGAUGGCAUCAUGGAGGUCAUUGUCACCGAGAAGCUGAGCGAUACUGAGCUCAAGGUGCAGAUCACCCGCGGCGGAAAGUUGAAGGCCAGAAAGGGUGUCAACGUGCCUGACAUCGAAAUUGAUUGCGCAGCACUCACAGUGAAAGACAUCGAGGAUGCUGAGUUCCUUCUGCAGUUGGACCCUCCGAUCGAGUACAUUUGCGUUUCCUUUGCGCAGAAGGCACAGGAUUUGCAGGAGCUCAUCGACAUCAUGGACCGACUAAAGAUCCCAGCAGAGAAACGACCCAAGAUUUGCCCAAAGAUCGAGAAGCCUCAGGCUCUGACCAAUAUCGACGGCAUCAUUGAAAAAUCGGAAGCUUUGAUGGUUGCUCGUGGUGAUUUAGGUGUGGAGCUUGGCCUUUGCCGUGUCCCCUUUGCGCAGAAGUUGCUGAUCCGCAAGGCCAAACAGGCCGGUCUCUUCGUGAUCACCGCCACGCAGAUGGUGGAGAGCAUGAUCGAAGCGCCCGUGCCGACUAGGGCCGAAGUCUCGGACCUUUGCAAUGCUGUGUGGGAUGGCACCGAUGCGGUCAUGCUUUCUGGAGAGGCAGCCAGUGGCAAGUUCCCAUGCGAAGCAGUGUUAGCAGAAGCUUCAGCUGUGAGAGAGGCCGAGUCAGUAGAGCAUAGAGUUUUCCCAGCGAUCCCUGCGGUGGUUUGAACAAUGGUUUCAAUCUGAGCAGUGACGCUCUUAAACGGAGGUUUGCCCGGAUGCUCGACUUGUA